UACUGGAUUCUCUAAGUUUUGAUGCUUCGAUCAAUAAUAUUCUCAUCCUUUUCAUCUUUUUUCUCCUUUUCCUUUUCUUCCCCAUCUUUACUGUAAGCUCUCUUUUUAUGCUGCAAUAAUCAUAACAUCAACCUAGUCAUUUGAAUUAUUAAAAUGGUUAAUUAAUUUUGUUGAUUCUGGCUUUUAAUUUUUUAUAUUUUGUGAUUUCUGGUUCGUUUUGAAACGACUUUAUCUGUUAAAGUUUGUGUUAAACAUAAGUGUUUUGACCAAACCUUAAAACCGCUGGAAAUAUUGUGUUAUAGAUUCAGAUUAACAACACUUUUUCAAUGUUGUCAAUACAUUUUGAGUACAUUUAUCCCCUUAAAUGUCUGAUUAACAGUUAAUUGGCUAUUAAUAACAUGAGAAAAUGUGUUAUCUAAAUUAUACGUGAUUAUCUUCAUCGCUUAAUUCAUUUUAUAGCCAACUGAAUCUCAAAACUACAAUGGCACAAACAAUUUCAACAAGACUAGGUGAAUGCAUUAAUUUUACACCGUUAGUCUUAAUCAUCUUGUUUGGCCAUUUAAGUUAUUCCCUUGAAACAUGUUAUAAAUUUACCUCUGCUGCUGGUGAUCCUUGCAAAUCACUGGAAUGCUCAUUUGGAGCUGAAUGUAUUCGUACAAGAGAUGGCAAAAGAGCUGAAUGUGUCUGUCCGGAAAAGUGUUAUACUUAUGGUGAUUCAGUUGGUUCUAGACCUGUUUGUGGUAGUGAUGGUCGUGAUUAUCCCAAUGAAUGUGAAUUAAGACGAAAGGCUUGUGUUUCAAAUAAAGAAAUUUCCGUUAAAUUUCAAGGAAAAUGUGAUCCGUGUGAGGAAGUACAAUGUCCAGCUUCUCAAAUAUGCCAAUUAGAUGACAAUAGGAACCCAAUUUGUAGGUGUAAUGCCGUAGAGGAAGAAAUAAUAAUAAUCUGUGGAUCAGAUGGUAAAACGUAUACAAAUGAAUGCAUCUUACGGGUUGAAGCUUGUAAAGCACGCAAAAGUCUACGUAUAUUGUAUAAUGGUGAAUGUGGCUCUGGUCGAGCCGUGAAUCCGUGUGAAAGUUUAAAAUGUAGCAUUUAUCAAGAAUGUGACAUUGACCGUUAUGGUAUAGCCAGUUGUGUUUGCCCUCCCAUGUGUCCUCAAAUAAUGAAUCCUGUCUGUGGAUCUGAUGGAAAAACAUAUGAUUCAGAAUGUGAAUUACGGAGAGAAGCUUGUUUACUUCAUAAAAACGUAACUCUCGUCUAUAAAGGAUUAUGCGGUGAAGACGGAGCUUGUAAUGGUUUCAAAUGUGAUUUUGGUUCAAUUUGUGUUGUCCAAUCAACUAAUUCUCAGCCUACAUGUGAAUGUCAAUCUUGUACUGAAGAGUAUAAGCCUGUGUGUGGAUCGGACGGUAUCUCGUAUAGUAAUGAGUGUAAAUUGAGAAGAGAAAGUUGUGAGCAGCAAAAGUCAUUAAAAGUUAUCUCGCAAGGAUAUUGUAAUGGUUGUGAAGGAAUAAAAUGUGAUUAUCAUUCUGUUUGUCAAAUUGAUGCCAAUGGACAUGGAAAAUGUAUUUGUAUAAAAAACUGUUCCCAUAUCAAAAUGCCCAUUUGUGGGUCUGAUGGUGUUAGUUAUGCUAAUGAAUGUGAACUACGGUUGGCCUCCUGCACCAAAAAAGAGUACCUGACAAUUGCUUCCAAAGGCCCUUGUGAUAUUUGUUUCAAUGUACAUUGUAAAUAUGGAGCUCGAUGUGAAACUGGCUUAUGCGUUUGUCCAAGUGAAUGUCCACAAACCUACGAACCUGUUUGCUCAACUGAUGGAUUAACUUAUAUAAACGAGUGUCAAAUGAGGGUUAAUGCAUGUCAGAAAAAUGUUGAACUUGGAAUAUCAUUUUAUGGUGAAUGUCAAGACAAAGGUGGACCAGAAAGUAUUGGUUCUGGUGUUGGUUACAUUAAAACUUGCGAUCAUAAUACGUGUCGUUUUGGUGGUGUUUGUGAUUAUGAUGCUGAAGGUGUACCUCAUUGUAUUUGCUCAUACCAGUGUCCAACAACUAGUGGUCCUGACGAUUCUGUUUGUGGUUCUGAUGGCCGUCUCUAUGAAAAUGAGUGUAAAUUACAGGAAGAAGCUUGCCGUCGUCAACAAGAAAUUCAACCAGCUUUGAAUCGACUUUGCGAAGACAGUAAACUCUUGCCAUGUGAAGGUGAACCUCCAUUGAUUAACCCUUCCACCGGUAAAGAGUAUUAUUGCGGUGAUGGUCCCGAUUCAAAACAAUGUCCACCCAACAGUUAUUGUCAUAAAAGUUCAAGGUUUGCCAAAUGCUGUCGAGAAAUCGCUUUAGUACGAAGUUGCUCUGAUUCAACCUAUGGAUGCUGUUCAGAUGGUGUAACUUCAGCUCAAGGAGCUGAUCAAGCUGGUUGUCCAUCUGUUUGCAAUUGUAAUAGACUAGGAUCUUAUUCAACAUCGUGUGAUCCAACAACUAAACAAUGUCAUUGUAAAGUCGGUAUAGGCGGCCUUCAAUGUGAUCGAUGUGAACCAGGUUAUUGGGGAUUAAAUAAAAUAUCUGAAGGCAACAGUGGAUGUAUUCCUUGUUCCUGUAAUAUGAAUGGAUCAAUUCGUGAUGAUUGUGAACAAAUGACUGGUCGUUGUGUUUGUAAACAUGGACUCCAAGGAAUGAAAUGCAACGUUUGCCCAGAGGAAACUAUCCUCGAUCAACAUGGAUGUAUUCACGUUUCAUUGAUCAAGUUUUAUUCUGGUUCGUGUGCUGACAUGAAAUGCCGAUUUGGUUCGGCUUGUGUUGAAAACCCUGAAAAAGGAAUUCAAUGUGUUUGUGCUAUGAGAUGUCCUGAGGUAACUCUAGGCCCAGGUCAUUUAAUUCGACGAACAUCGCAAGUAAUCUGUGCCUCUGAUGGCAACACUUAUCUAUCUGAAUGUCAAAUGAAAUUCUUUGCGUGUCGAAUGCAGAGAAAGAUUAAUCUUGUUCACCAUGGACAGUGUCGUAAUACACCAGGAUCAUCUUCCACCUCCUUUACCUCUCCUUCAUCAUCAACCACCGAAGACGAAUCUGUUACUCAAGGACCAGCUCGUCGUUCCACAAUGUUCAAAACAACUCUUCAAGAUACCGAUAAACCGACCAGAGAGUUGUCACUAAGCUUCUCUGAGCAAGUUAGUCCACAAACAACAAGUGCAACACCAACUAUACCAUCAAAAGCAAUUAAAAUCCCAGCUCUUGUUGGUAACUCGUAUUUGGAAUUGGCUAGACUUCAAGCUUACACUCGCCUUUCUAUUGAGAUGGAGUUUGUCACUUAUUCUGAUUCUGCGAUUCUUCUGUACAACGGUCAAACAGGGACUGGUGAUGGCGAUUUUAUUUCACUUUCUAUUAGAAAAGGUUUCAUCGAGUUUCGUUUUGAUCUUGGAUCAGGAAAAGUUGUCCUUACUUCAUCUAAAACAAUUCAACUGGGAUCAGUUAUCAAAUUGGUUGCCAAAAGAUAUCUCAAAGAUGGAAUUUUGACAGUUGAAGGACAAGAAGAUGUUGCUGGAGCAAGUGAAGGUGAUCUCAAAAGUCUUGAUUUGGCUGAAAAUUUGUACAUUGGUCAUGUUCCGGGUCGAAAUAGUAAAAUAUUUGAAAACAUUGGAGUUAAAGAUGGUUUCAUUGGAUGUAUUCACAGUUUACGAAUUGGUCGUAAAGAUGUGGAUCUUUCUUAUCCUGCUUCAAAAGAGCUGAUCAAAGUGGUUGAUGUACACGAUUGCAGUGAUAUGCCAUGUACCUCAAAUACUUGUCUUAAUGGUGGUUCCUGUCACCCUGAAAGUGGCCCAAACUUUGGUUCCUAUGAAUGUUUAUGUCCAGUUGGAUUUACUGGAAAAAAUUGUGAAAUUAAAAUGGAUGUUUGCUUAAAUGAAAGUCCGUGUAUAAAAGGUUCGACCUGUGCUCUUUUACCUCGAGGAGGCUUUUCGUGUCUCUGUUCACAAGGCCAAUCUGGAAAAAUCUGCUCACAACUUCCUCGGGAAAUUGAAAACGCAUUUGUUCCUGAUUUUUGGACUUCAUCCUUCAUGGUUUUGCCUUCACUUACGAAUGUCGCUCAAUCUUUUGUCAUAGAAGUUUGGUUUACAACAAGAGACCCGAAUGGACUUAUUUUGUACAAUGGACAAAAUUCAGCUCAGUCACGAGGUGAUUUCAUCUUAUUAAACAUAUUUGAUAGUCGAGUUCAAUUUUCGUACAAUUUAGGAAGUUCAAUCCCUAAUGUUAGUGGAAUAAUAACAUUAACGUCUCGAAAGAAAGUCUCAAUGAAUGAAUGGCAUUCAGUUAGGAUUACGAGAGAUCGACAAAAAGGAACCCUUCAACUCGAUGAUAGUGCAACUGAAUUUGGACAAGCUAAGGGUGAUCUUAGUGAGUUGAACCUUGAUCAACCAUUGUACAUUGGAGGUAUUCCUGAUAACGUCAAUAUUAACAGAGAAGCCGGAAUUAUGGUCGGACUCAAUGGUGCUAUUCAAAGAAUUGUGGUUAACGGUGAAAUUUGGGAUAAUUUGAUGGAUCGAGCAACAACAGUCAACAAUAUUGCUGAUUAUAAUGGUCCACCGUGUGGCUUUACAAACCCAUGUCCAAACAAUGCAAUAUGUUUGCCACAGUUUAGUGAUUAUCUUUGUAGCUGUGCGUCCAACAAUAGAUCACAAACCUGUCUCAACUUGAUUGACGCCAGAAAAGCAAUAUCUUUGCGGAAAGGUUUUGUUACGAGAGAAGUCACUGGUUAAUUGUGGUUAAAUUUGAAAUUUAAUCUGAUCCCGAGACAGAUGAGCAAUAAAAGAUGGACAAAGAUUGUCAAUCAAUGAAAUCUGCUCAAACAAAUAUCAACCAGUUUUUCGCUGGCUACAACUCAACAAAAUAUUGAAAAGACUGGAAAUUAACAAUUCAACUUCAUGUCCAUUCCUAUUAAUAAUAAACUAUUAUCAAUGUGCCUUAACUUGAUUUUAGAAUAUCAAUGAACUAAUUAACAGGUGUUAAUCAUGACCUUUAAUAUGUAAUAAAUCUAACUUCUCAAAGUCUA